UUCUCGCCCCCCCCCACUCUCACCACCUUUCUUCCUACUCUCUCUCUCCUUACCCAGAUUACCUGCUUAUCGCAUCGACUGUCCAGUCCCUCAGCGACUAGCAAGUUUCCGCCAUGCCCAAGAAUAAGGGAAAAGGCGGUAAGAACCGUCGUCGUGGAAAGAACGAGAACGACAACGAGAAGCGUGAGCUCGUCUUCAAGGAAGAAGGCCAGGAGUAUGCGCAGGUCGUGAAGAUGCUGGGUAACGGCCGUCUUGAGGCCCUCUGCUUCGACGGCGAGAAGCGUCUCGCGCACAUCCGUGGCAAGCUGAGGAAGAAGGUCUGGAUCAACCAGGGCGACAUCAUCCUCCUCUCGCUGCGUGACUACCAGGACGAGAAGGGCGACGUCAUCAUGAAGUACACGGCCGACGAGGCCCGCAGUCUCAAGGCCUACGGCGAGCUGCCCGAGCACGCCAAGAUCAACGAGACCGACACCUACGGCCAGGAUGGUCUCGAGGACAACGUCGAGUUCGACGAGGACCGCGAAAGCGAAGAAGAGAAGGAGAUCGACGUCGACGAGCUCUAAAUUGCUCUCCUGUUAUUAUUUCCCAUGGCAACCCUUGCCCUGCCAGAGCCCACCGGGGUUUUCUUUCACCAGCCUUCUCUUUUCAUUCUUCUCUCUUUCUCUAUUGUCAAUCUGUCCCUCUCUCUGGGAUCACCCGACUCGCCCUUAUUGUUGAGAAGCUUUGGUCUUCUGGCGUGCCGAGGGUGAUCCGGACGGUCGGCUGUUGCUUCUGACGUGCUGGCCAUGAUCCCGGGAAAGGAGGAACGAGGAACGAGGGAUGAGGGACGGAAUAGGGCUGUGACGGGGCCUCACCCGCAUCCACCAGAGGCCUCGUUGGACUGCCCGGUGCCGCAACAUUCAGGGUAUGGAUCAUUGUUAGGGGAAGCACGGUGGCGUUGCACGACGGGGUUCCGGUAGGCACUCGGCCUAGAAACUCCUCCGUCGUGGGAGGCCGUCGCGGGUUUCUAGAGAAUGGUUGCAACGCGUCUGCAGAGACUGGCUCCUCGCUGGGUCGUUCGUGUUAGCGAUUUCUUAUCUGUUUCCCGUCGUUUCAUCUCGUUCUUUUUGUCUUAAAACUGGAUGAUAGAUUAUGAAGGUGUUACGAAUUACUCAA